AUGUUUCGACUUCCGAUAAUUAGAAAUUGGAUAGUUCAGAGACCAGUUACGUUUAAAGUACCAUCGCAGCAAAUGUCGACGAAACGUAGUAAGCAAUUGACUUUAGAUGGGUUUUUGCGACCAAAUAAGAAACAAAAGGUCGAUGAGGAAGGUGAUUCAGCCAUGCCUGAUGAAACUGCGGCGGCUCCUCCAGUGAAGUCGGAAUCAUCGUUAUCUAAUAUCACUCCGCCAAAGAGUAGAGGAGAAACUCUUACUCCUGUUCCUAGCAAGCUUAAAUUCCAUUCCAAUAUCCCAUUUGCUGAGCUAUGUGAUACUUUCCAGGCCAUUGAAGUUACCUCAUCUAGACUAGCAAUCACUGCUAUCUGUUCCAAAUUUCUAUAUUCUGUAUUAGAAAGGGAUCCUGAAUCAUUAGUUCCGAUUACUUACCUUUUCAUCCAUAAAUUAGGGCCCGAUUAUGAACCGGGACUCGAAUUAGGGUUGGGUGAAUCGUUAUUGAUCAAGACCAUCAGUGAGGCAUGUGGGAAGUCGAUACAACAGAUCAGAAACAAGUACCGUGAGAUUGGUGAUUUGGGAGAAAUCGCGAUGCAAGCAAGAAACGUACAACCUACAAUGUUUAAACCAAAACCCUUAACAGUGGGGGAAGUAUUCAACAAUUUGGUAUCGAUUGCUAAAUCGAACGGUAAGGACUCUCAAUCUAGGAAAGGGUCGUUGAUCAAGAAGAUGUUAACUGCGUGCAAAGGUUACGAGGCCAAAUUCUUGAUCAGGUCACUCGAAUCCAAGCUUAGAAUCGGAUUGGCAGAGAAAACUGUCUUGAUAUCAGUCAGUAAGGCAAUUCUAACCCAUGAGCAUAACGGGCAAGAGCCGAGCACGGAGAUGGUCGAACAAGCAGAGUCAUUGAUCCGUGAUGCAUUCUGUCAAGUUCCCAACUACGAAAUGAUCAUCAAUGUUGCGUUACAGUACGGAAUCAUGAAUUUGAACCAACAUAUCAAAUUGAGGCCGGGGAUUCCCUUACAACCGAUGCUUGCGAAACCCACAAAAUCAAUCAGCGAGGUGUUGGACAGGUUCCAGGGCACUAAGUUUACCUGUGAGUACAAAUAUGACGGUGAAAGAGCACAAGUGCAUUUGUGUAGGGAUGGAUCUAUGAAGAUUUAUUCACGUAACGGAGAAGACAUGACAGAAAGGUACCCCGAGAUCGAUGUAAAGCAUUAUGUUAAAGAUUUGGGCGCCACGAAAUCGUUCAUUGUAGAUAGCGAAGCGGUCGCGUGGGAUCAAGAACAGGGCAAGAUUCUUCCAUUCCAAGUACUAAGUACAAGGAAGCGUAAGGGAGUAGAAUUGAAAGACGUGAAGGUACGUGUAUGUCUUUAUGCUUUCGAUAUACUAUGUCUAAACGACGAACCCUUGAUUAACAAGUCGUUCCAUGAAAGACGUCAGAUAUUACUAGACACGUUCAACGGAACCCAAGGUCAAUUCGAUUUUGCGAACGAACUAACAACCACUAAUUUCGAUGAACUACAGAAGUAUCUAGACCAAUCCGUGAAAGACUCAUGCGAGGGCCUCAUGGUCAAGAUGUUAGAAGGAGAGGAGUCCCAUUACGAACCCAGUAAGAGAUCGAGAAACUGGUUAAAAUUGAAGAAGGAUUACUUGGAAGGUGUCGGGGACUCCCUAGACCUAGUGGUCCUUGGAGCCUACUAUGGACGCGGGAAAAGAACAGGCACCUACGGUGGAUUCCUCUUGGGCUGCUACAACUUGGAUUCAGAGGAAUUCGAAACAUGUUGCAAGAUAGGAACAGGCUUCAGCGAUGAGAUGUUACAAGAUUUGUAUACCAAAUUGAAGGACACCACAGUAGAACACCCGAGCACAAACGUGAUAUACGAUUCAUCUGCCCCAGCAGAUGUAUGGUUUGAACCCAGCAUGUUGUUCGAGGUCCUGACUGCGGAUCUCUCGCUUUCACCGGUGUACAAAGCCGGUUUUGAAGCCUUCGGUAAGGGAAUAUCGCUACGCUUUCCCAGGUUCGUAAGAAUAAGAGACGAUAAAAAUGUCACUGACGCAACCUCAUCCGAUCAAGUGAUAGAGUUUUACGAGUCACAGGCCCAUAUGAAAUAG